GUGGUUAAUACCAAUCCAUUUCGAUGUAUUUGGAGCCCGACAAGUGUUUCCAUCCUUGGGAGAAUUUUUUCCAACCACCUAUAACAUUAGUAUAAAGCAUCAUCAUAACUACACAGCUUUAUCAAACAUGCCGAUACAAAAAAUGGAAAUAAAUGAUGUAGACAUGCUCACACACUUCCAAACCACACCAAUACUACCCACUUAUCUCAUAGCAGGGAUAGUGACUAAUUUCUAUUGCAAUUCUACUAAAAAUAUGAUUACAAAUGUGUGGUAUAGAAAUUGUUCCGCAAUACGCAUGGUAUUUGCACAGAGAGUUAUUGAACAUAUCACAUUGUACUUGGAAAGCGAAUGGAAACAUCUAAGAGUAAGUUCGAAAAUAAAUCAUCUUGCGAUUCCGAAUUUCCAAGACAAAGGUAUAGUGAAUUUGGGACUAGUUCUUUAUAG